AUGUCGCUUGUUUGUUUCACAAUUCCCAGCAUUUGGUCUUCUGAUCUGCACCUCUCUCUUUUACGUCUCACCUUCGCAAGUCUCUCCUCUUCGACACAUGUUUGUAUUUCACUUUCCAUCUUACAACAGCAUGUCUCUCUUUUCUUUUCGAAAUUUAAACCUCUGAUCACCCAUUCUCUCUUUUACGUCUCACCUUCACAAGUCUCUCAGCGUCGACACAUUUUUGUAUUUCACUUUCUGUCUUACAACAGCAUGUCUCUCUUUUCUUUUCAAAGUUCAAGCUCCCCCCUCUUUCUUUUACGUCUCUCUUUCGCAAGUCUCUCUUCGUCGGCUCCUUUUCUCAAUUCUCUUUCAAUAUUACAGACGCAUCAAAUCUCUUCCCGACGUCUCCUUAUUGCAAAGAUCUCUCUUUUUCACACCAAAGCCAUAUCUCUCUUUUGUCUGUUACAAGUUCCUUUACGUUUUCUCUUUUUAUUUCUUUUUUUUUCUUCGAUUUUACAUUAUUAUUUUCUCUAUCUCUCCUCACUCACUUUCACUCUUUCUCUCUUUCUCUCUCUCUCUCUCUCUCUCUCUCUCUGCGUUUUUCUUUUUUUUCUGGCUUUCGCUUCUUUUUUGUUUCCUUUCUUUUCGUCUCUAUUUUCUUCUUUCUUAAUUCUGUUAUUCUCAUUUCUCGCUAUUUUCAAGGAUUUCCCAUCAUUCUUUGCUUCUUUGUUUUCCCGCGUCAUCUUAAAUCCCGCCUAA